CGCUCGUCUUAAUGGUUCCUCCUGGAGCUAUCCGAAGCGGUAAACUGAGAGGUCGUCUAGGAUUCAGUUGACCCUGGAUGAGGCCUAGGUCGCCUGGACUGUAACUACCAUGAAUAUUAUCCACUUGGUGCGAGAUCACUGGCCUCUUACAUUGUGUCCCAUAGGAUUCUUGGUGGGAUGGUACUUUGACAAAAGGCAUGAUGAGAAACUGGCAUUAUUCAGAAACAGGAGCAGAUUAUAUCAAAGGGAAUUGAAACCUGGUGAAGAUGCUACAUGGAAAUAAUGUGUCAAAUGAGAGUUGACCUACAGUUUGAAUAAGUGAUUGCUCCAUAAAGAAAAUAGAAUCUAGUAUUACCUUUGUUCAUCGUAUGAUUACUAAAAAGUAUGUAGCCCCAACUAUAUAAUGUAAUUUAAACAAUUUGAUAUAGUAUAAAGAAGGUUGGUAUAGUGUGUUUCUGAGAAACUGUUUGUCUCUCUGAACUUGAACCUUUCAGUCAACUUCAGAGGAUAUAGUUACAUCCUGUAAACUAUAGGAUUGUAGUUGGAGGGAUCAAAUACAAUUAUGUAUUAUUUUUGCAUAAAUUAUUCUGGAAUUUAUUCCUUGACAAUUGAUCUUUUCUUGCAUUUAAAUAAAAGUACCUUAAAAUAGAUUUAAAA